AUGGAUCAACCCAGACCACAACUUCCAGCAUCGGAGCCUAAAUACGACUCAAGGUUUGUUGACUCUUCCCAUCUGGGUCUCAUCUUUGAACUGUUUGACCUUGCAACAUCUAACAUAUUAUGAAGCCGCCCGUUCCCAAGUGUUCAAUCGCUCUAUCAGAAUCCCAUUCCAAACUUCCCUGAGAAGACAAUAGUCGUUUUUCAGAUUUCUUAUCCACCAAACGGCGCUAUUCCUCCUCAUACCCACGCUGGUGCACAUAUUUCUGCCAACAUCGUGUCGGGCUAUAUUUUCAACAAAAUGAACGAUAAUCCGAUGGAAGUCUUGGGGCCCGGACAAUUCAUGUUUGAGAAACCAACUUGCAGGCAUAGGACCUGUCAAAAUGCUAGCGCCACUGAGCCAGCAACUUUUAUUGCGACUUUCAUUGUAGACACUAAAGUUGUGAAUGAUGUUGGGGUUCAAGGACUCGUUGUUAUUGAUGAGGAGUAUCGGUAA